UUUGCUUCAUUUGCUCCACAAUACGAUUCCACGUGGGCAACGCUUACUAAGAGAGAUUCAGAUCUUCUCUUGAGGACGUAUGGUGACCGCGCCACCAUAGCUGACGUAAUGUCAUUGAGAAAUAUGGUUGAAGACGCUGGAGCACAUUUCAUAAAGGUGGUGGAUGAUCUGCUUGAUACUCUUACCGAUGGAGAGCAUUCAAGGACGAUGAUUGCAGAGGAAGUCAAGCCAAAGGACAAUGAAGACAUUUCCGAGUUGCUUUCUGAAGUGGAAUCAUUGGAAAAUCUCGGUGUAGAUGUCUCGUUUGUCAAGGACAUAAGGGAAAAUAUGGCUAUCAACAAAGCUAAUGACAUCCAGUCUCAACUUGAUAUGAGUGGACGUGCAGUGUUAGAUCUUGCGCGUUUGCAAAACAAACGUUUAUCGCAACCGCCCCCAGUAACUCUUACUCAAGUUCCCGCCCCGACCGUGGUAGAAACACAAUUGGCUGGAAAUGUACAGCAACAACUAGCCACUCAAGUUGCUGCGCAUGCUCCUCCUGGCGAGAUCGUAUCCGCCCCUGCUAUCCACAAUGCAAUUGGAAUGCAAGAUGAGUUAGACAUGGAUAUCUUUGGCGAAUUCUUCGUGACAUAA